AUGUCCCCACCUGCCAUCUCACCCACUGAAGGAGAUGAUCUCUGUGAGACAGAUGUCACCAGCGUGGCCAUUAACAGUGUGACACUGCUCAUCUGCCUCUGUGGGCUGGCUGGGAAUGGGGCUGUGCUCUGCCUCCUCCGAAUGAAUAUCCACAACUGUGACAUCUUUGAUGUGGCUGUCAUUGACUUCCUCUUCCUUCUUCUCACAGUCCCCUCUGCCCUGCUCUCCCUGGUGGAGGACAUGUCCUGCUCUGCUGUUGUACCUCUGCUGUACCUGAAUUUUCUUUUCCACCUUUCAGUGAUCUCCUGCUACUGGGGGCUAUACUGGCUGGUACCCAACAACCCUGUGUACUAUAUAGUCAAGCUCUUUCAGACCUGCUGCCGCUGCAAACUUCCUCUGCGCCUGAUGUGGUUGCUGGCCAGUGUCCACCACUGGGCCUUCUUUGCUCUCUUCGCUGUCAUGCCUGCAGUGACAUCCCUGUGCCCAUCACACCAGCUGGAGCUCUGCCGGGCAGCUUUCAUAUCCAUGAACUCCAUCAUCCUGCUCCUCUUGGCUGCACCCACGGCCAUUUCUCUGAUUGUCAACUUCAUUAAGGCCAAGUGGGGCUCCCAGCAGCAGCAACCCAAGAGACGCGACAUCGCUAUCGCCCUCAUUGUGCUCCUCACUCUCCUCCUCAUUUUCUGGAAUUUCCUGCAGCAGCUCGGUUAUAUCCUUGUGCCCUCCCAGGCUGUUUUCCUGCUUAACUGCAUCAACAGCGGCAUCAAACCCUUCAUCUACUUCUUGGUGGGGAGGUGCUGGAGGCCCUGCUCCGUGAGAUCCCUCCGGCUCUCCCUCAGGAGGGUGUUUGAGGAGCCAGAAGAAGACACUGCCCACAAAAAUGAUCCAACCAUGGACACAGAGGCCUGA